AUGCUAAUGUUGGAUCCGAGGCUAGAAAUAAUCUCGACAAUAUUGGAAUACCUCCCCGUUCAAGACCUAUGCCGGUUUGCCCGAGUAUCUAAACAGUUGCAGGAGAUGGUGUACGAUGAUAGCCGGUGGGUGCAUAAGCUAAAGCUGAUGGGUGUCUGGAACGAAACGGAAGCACGUCGUCGGUUUGAAGACGCAAUGCGUCGGAGGAGGACCAUGCAAGCAGCAAAAGCAGAGGAGGAGAGAAAGGCUUUACAAAAUGGGGCCAAAACUCCGAAUCUUGGCCUGGCCACUGGGCCUCCUCCUGGGGUGAGCACGAUCACAGAGGGUGUUGACCUCAUGAACCUUGCCCCGCUGACACCGAUUGGUGCACCGAGGCUUAGUAUAGUGGACCCAGGCUCACUAUUAAAAGUCUUGCCGUCAAUAAAGUCCGUUAGAGGGUUCGCGAGGCAUGAGUUUGGUAGGAUCUAUACCGCACUGGGGCCAUUAUAUUUUGACCUAGCCAAGGCGAAGACACAUACCGAUCCAGUGGUUUUCAGGAUAUAUCGGGAUCCCGAACAACAGGCACAGGUACUUGCUCAGUUGAAGGUUUUCGCGCAGUGUGAUACUGCACAUGGGUGGAUGGACAGGCUGGAGAGGCUGAAUCUCAUGAUUGGGAUCUUUGAGAAUGCAGCCCUGAGAGAAUUUGAGGGAGGAUACGAGACUGGGGAUAUCGACGGACGCAUGAGACGUUAUGCUAAUGUUCUCAUCCUGCUUAACGGCGGCCAGGCGUGCGUCCAAUUAUUUGUUCAGAAACAUCCUGUCAUGUUCGAACGUGGUGAACUAGGGAGCCCAAUGGAUAGCUUCGAUAAAUCGAUGCCUGGUUCCUUUUCGUUAGAGCCUUCAUUACUUUUCUUCACCCGGCUCUCUGCGCUUCUCCAUGAGCAAGCAGAUGUUAUUGACAGGGUAUUUCCUGCGACUGUCAAUGUCAUGAUUCCUUUCUUAGAGCGAGUCGCAGAAGACGUUAUCAGCGAGUUUGUUACACCCAUCCUUGAUGAAGCUCAUGAUCGUGAUAUUGAGCAGUAUCUGGAAGCUGUGGCUGGUAUAUAUCAUCGAUUGCUUGAAUUUGCCAAGACAAUCAAGGUAACUAAAGGCUCCGGGGAGAGGUUCGCCGAGGAUACGAUGAAGAUUAUGGGUCGAGUUUUUGAGGCGCACGUGGAUCUCUACCUACAAGAUGAGCUUGACUACUUCCGAAAGAAGUGCGAAACAGAAGUUGACUCUUGGGAAAAGAAGAUUCUAGAAGAAGACGCUGCCGCCGAAUCAUUUUUCAUGAGCAACAUCAACCGAGAAGCAGAUAAGCGCGAUUUUCUAUCGACGUUCAAAAAGGUUAUUCUCAUGCCCGUUUCGGUUAUUCCAUCCCCUUUCUCAGCAAAGUCAACUCCUGCUGCCGAGACAAAGCCUGCCGAGACAAGCUCAUAUGCGAAUUCAGACACACUCAGCGUACAGGAGACCCUCAAUGCAUCUCGUCCUGGCACACCUAUGACGCUAGGGCAGGCUACUCCUGGGCCACCGCCAACCACCGAGCUGGCUGCAAAGGCAGCAAUCAUGAAUUCUAGACUAGAAGGGAUUCGGUCAUUGUUCAGUCUGGAGGUCGCGUUGAACCUCGUGCAUUCCGCCAAGUCUAGUCUCGAGAGGGCUGCGUUGUUUGCUACUGCAGGUGGGCAGACUGGAGAAGAAGCCCGCGAGCAGUGCGAGCAGAUAUUCAUUGCACUACUUCGAGUGCUAGGCCCACGGCAUGUGAAGGCUGGCUUUGACAAAGCCGUUGAACAUUUAUCGAAAUAUAACCCCCGAGAAAUUACGGAGCACUCUCAGCCUGGAGUAGCACCCCUAGUUACAUUUUUAGAGUUAGUCAACGUCGGCGAUCUUAUCCAACAAAUGAUAGAUGUAUUUUAUGAGCAAGAGCUCGUAGCAGCGAAGCUUACAGAUCCCAACGAUUUCUUAAACCCUGCCGCUAAGGAAAAGAAGCGGUUCGAGCAGAUGCUCGACGAAAGAGUCGCUGCUGGGUUAAAUAUGGGGAUAGACGUCCUGAUAGAUGAGGUAGACCAUCUCUUCGCAAUAACCCAGCAAACCACAGACUUCAACCCGGGUGCCAUCGGUGACGCAAGCCUCCGGGACUUUGAUAUAGGUCCUACUAAGACUGCAAUACGAGUGAUAGAGGUCGUAUCCUCCCACACAAGGCUCCUCACCGGGAGCACAGACAAGAACGUCCUAGACGUUUUCAAUCAAGAAGUCGGGGUGCGACUUUUCGCCUCCCUAUGCAAGCAUAUCAAGCGUCAACGCAUCAGUGUCGAUGGUGCCAUAAAACUGAUCAGCGACUUGAACCACUACCAUUCCUACAUAACAACGUUAAAAAUCAAACCGCUUGUGCCAUACUUCAAUGCCCUCCGCGAACUCUCACAGAUAUACCUCAUCGACCCAUCGCACGCAAAGCAAAUGGCGACGGUGAUCGCAGAUCCAAAUCGGUUUGGCGGGAUAUUCAGGGUCGAGGAAGUGUAUGAGUAUGCUACCCGGCGGGAGGAUUGGUACAGGGUUAAGAAGGAGGUUGAGAGGGCUAUGUAUGGGAUUGGGUGCUGUAUAUCUUGA